CUAAAUUUCCCGGAGCACAAGAUUUUUCUGACAGUCGCCGGAAAACAACAGAGCAAGUUGUUGGACGCUAGGAGGGCGUUUUUGAAGUUGUUCACGACUUUCUUGUGUGAAAAUCAGCUAUGAAAAAGUUGUUAUUUGCACUAGCGGGGCUUUUCCUUUUAACGGGGCUUGCUUUUGCUGAAGAGGAUGCUAUUGAGGAAAACGUCGGUACCGUGGAAAACGACCUAGGUUCCAGUCGCGAAGGAUCCAGGACUGAUGAUGAAGUCGUUAAACGAGAAGAAGAGGCGAUUAAGUUGGAUGGCCUGAACGUUGCACAAAUGAAAGAACUUCGAGACAAAUCGGAGAAAUACACCUUCCAAACGGAAGUGAAUCGAAUGAUGAAACUCAUCAUCAAUUCGCUCUACCGAAACAAAGAAAUUUUCCUCCGAGAAUUGAUCUCGAACGCUUCCGAUGCUUUGGACAAGAUUCGAUUGCUCUCCCUCACCGACAAAAAUAUUCUCGAUACCAAUCCAGAAUUAACGAUAAGAAUAAAGGCAGACAAGGAGAACAAGAUUCUGAGUAUCACAGAUACUGGUAUUGGAAUGACAAAGCAAGACCUGGUCAACAAUCUCGGAACCAUCGCGAAAUCUGGAACCGCCGAAUUCUUGGGCAAGAUGCAGGAAUCGAAGAAUCCUGAAGAGAUGAACGACAUGAUCGGACAAUUCGGAGUUGGAUUUUACUCUGCAUUUUUGGUCGCUAACACUGUUGUUGUCACCACGAAAAACAACGAUGACAAACAAUACAUUUGGGAGUCCGAUAGUUCCAGUUACAGCAUCGUUGAAGAUCCACGGGGAGACACUCUUAAACGUGGAACCACAAUCACCCUGCACAUGAAGGAUGAGGCACUCGACUUCCUCGAGGAAGACACCAUUCGUAACCUGAUCAAGAAGUACUCUCAGUUCAUCAACUUCAACAUCUACCUCUGGAGCAGCAAGACAGUCUAUGUCGACGCAGAGGACGACGAAGAAAAACCAGAAGCCGAAAAACCCGAGGAUGAAGCAGACAAAAAGGUAGAUGAAGCCAAAAAGGAAGAUGAAGAGGCCAAAAAGGAAGAAGAAGAAGCCAAAAAGGAAGAAGAAGAAGAAGCCAAAAAGGAAGAAGAAGAAGCCAAAAAGGAAGAAGAAGAAGCCAAAAAGGAAGAUGAAGAGGACAAAAACGAAGAUGAAGAGGACAAAGAUGAAGAUGAUGAGGUAAAGGUCGAAGAAGAUACGGAACCAGUGGUAAAGAAGCAGAUCGAAAAGACCGUCUGGGAUUGGGAAUUGCUAAAUGAUUCCAAGCCAAUCUGGUCCCUGAAACCCUCAGAUGUCACCGACGCAGAAUACAAUGAAUUCUACAAAGCUUUGACCAAAGACAGUGACGAUCCUCUUGCGAAAAUCCACUUUAUUGCCGAAGGAGAAGUGACUUUCAAGUCUCUUCUUUUCAUCCCCAAAGUCCAACCCAGUGAAAGUUUCAGCCGCUACGGUACCAAGUCGGACAACAUUAAAUUGUACGUGAGAAGGGUAUUUAUCACCGACAAAUUCAACGACAUGAUGCCCAACUAUCUCAACUUCAUCCGCGGAAUUGUAGACAGCGACGAUCUGCCUCUCAACGUCUCGCGAGAGAAUUUGCAGCAGCACAAGCUGAUCAAGAUCAUCAAGAAAAAACUGAUCCGAAAGGUGCUCGACAUGAUCAAGAAAAUCCCGAAGGAGCAGUACGACAAUUUCUGGAAGGAAUACAGCACAAACAUCAAAUUGGGAGUGAUUGAGGAUGCUUCCAACAGAGCCAGACUCUCAAAGCUCAUGAUGUUCAGAUCCUCGGCCCAGGACGGCAAGACUUUCCUCUCCGAUUACGUGGCUCGAAUGAAACCAAAUCAGAAGCACAUCUACUACAUCGGCGGAGUUUCCGAGGAGGAGACGAAAAACUCGCCCUUCGUGGAACGUCUCACGAAAAAGGGAUACGAAGUCUUGUACCUGAUCGAGCCUGUUGAUGAGCACUCGAUUGCCACUCUUCCCGAAUUCGAGGGCAAGAAGUUCCAGAACGUCGCGAAGGAGGGAUUCGUUUUGGACGAGGGAGAGAAGGCCAAGGAGAAGAUGGAACAGUUGAAAACGACUUUCGAGCCUCUUGUUAAAUGGCUAACUGACAUCCUCAAGGAUCACAUCAGCAAGGCUCAAGUGUCCGAACGUUUGACCGAUUCUCCCUGCGCCCUCGUGGCGAGCAUGUUCGGAUGGACCGGAAAUAUGGAGAGAUUGGCGAGUUCCAAUGCGCACAAGAAGUCCGACGAUCCACAGACUUCGUACUAUCUGAACCAGAAGAAGACCCUGGAGAUCAAUCCGAGACAUCCUCUGAUCAGGGAAUUGUUGAGGCGAGUUGAGCAGGACACGAGCGACGAGACUGCGAAGGAAAUUGCGCUGAUGAUGUUCAGAACUUCGACUCUCAGGUCUGGAUACAUGUUGAAGGAAACCCAGAGCUUUGCUGAAAGUGUUGAGCAGCUGAUGAGAAAAACGCUGGGAAUUCCACUUGAUGAAGUCCCCGAAGAGGAGGAGGAGGAUGACUCGUUUGAGAGUGACAAGUCUGAGGAGUUUGAGGCUGGAGGCGAUGAGGAGAGGCAAGAAGACAAUGAGGAACAUGAUGAACUUUAAAGUGUGUGGAGAUAGACUGAUGUAGAACUUCUGGGGGGAUUUAUUUUCCUCGCGGAUUGGGCUAUACAAUGUAUAGCUUAUCUAUUCAAUUUUUGAAUUAGGUUUGCGACAAUUGGUUGCAAAUGUUCGAGUUUUCAUAUCCAGUCAUAUUACACUACUUUAUUCUCUUUUUUUGUCUUUUGUAUCAUAGGAACAACCGAAGGUCAUAAAUAUCAUUGAAUAGAUCAUGGAGGGUUUUAUGUUGAACUGAUUUUGAAUUCAGAAGUGAGUUUGUGGAGAGAUUACUUAGGCGAUUUUAAAUUGCGAUUUAUUUUUGUGUGAACAUGCUUGGUUUUUUUUGUCGCUCGACAGUUUGUUAUUCGGCGAUUUAUUUAUUUUGCAUUUACUUCGUGUGUUCUUCCAUUUAGUUGCUAGCGGUGUCUGUGAGCGAGGAAAGAAAGUUUUCAGUGUGGUGUGCUUGCGAAGUGAAUAUGUGUUUAUAUACAGAGAAUUAAAGAAUAUUGAACUUUA